GCUGUGGAGGGGGUGUGUGUGCAUAUGUGUGUGCAGUUAGAGUGUCUGCAGCAGGCACAGACAGUAGGGCUUGGCUACAGCAGUGGUGUUUUGCUUUGUUCAGAAAUCAGGGAAAAGGAGACAGCAACGGGUUGGCUGUUUCUGAGAAGUCCCCCGGAUUGCUUAUCCCGGAAGAAUCAGAGCGGAAGGGAGGAAGAGGAGGAGGGGAAAAGAGGCUUUGAAAUUUGCUUUCUUUUCCCUGAAGUGCAAAUAAGCUUGGGACACCUGAACCUGCUAUGCCAACUGAACUCCCUCACCUGGUGAGAAUGCAUGCCAUCUCUGACCUGCCCUCCUCCCUGACAGCACGGCUUCUCCACAAGGGUCCAGAGUACCUUCGCAAGCAGAUGGAGGCAGGCAACCCUAGUAGGAAGAGCGCUGUGGAAAGGCUGGCAGCAGAUAAGGCCAAAUAUGUGAAAAGCCAGCAAGUCAUCGGCAGGAAGCAGCUGCCAGCCAUCACCCUCAGCUCAACUUCUGAAAGCAGCAGCGAGAAUUGCUCAGUGGAAAGCAAGAAGAUUGAGCACUUGGGUGAGGAGAAAGACACAACAGCCAAGGUUCCCAGGGCUGCAGAGCUGAGCCCAGCAGCCCUGCAGGGUGGUCCUCCCAUUGUGAGGCGCAACAGUGCUAAAAGGCAGAUCAGGCCAGAUUCCUUGGUGAUCUAUCGUCAGAAGUGUGAAUUCGUCAGAGGCCAAAGCCAGGAGAAUACUCGUGGGAAUUUGGUCCGGAGGUUGUUCCAGGGCUCCUUCAAGGAAAAGCAGCGGGUUUCUGAGGUGUCCAGAGUUGUACUCAAGGAAGAAACCAUUCCUGAAAUGGAAGGGACUGUCUUGGGCAAAGACACAAGUCAUAACUAUGAUCUAGAAGGACAGAAUUCACCCACAAAGGCAAACCCAGUGCCCAUUCUUGCCAGCAGAUGCAAAAAUGCCCUAAAUGUGACUUCAGCACCUUAUGACGUAAAGGAAAUGAGGCGGAAAGGUCUUCAAAGAUCUCAAUCGGAUAUCAGUUCCCGAUAUUCAAAACCUUUCUCUGAAUUUGACACUUUUUUUAAGAACUGUGGCCUCACACCUGAAGUAAUAGAAGAUCUAGGCCAAGAGAACUUUUCUGUGGCUUCAGACAACUUCUCAUUCCAUAUCCACAGCAUCAGCGGGGCGACGUCAGAAAGCAAUUUCACAAGGCACAGUGGUGAAGAUGGACUCCUGGAAGAAGAGGUCACAGAACAGGCGCCUAGUGGAACCUCUGUGAUUGAACGCAAUGCUCGGAUAAUCAAGUGGCUGUACAUGUGCAAGAAAGCCAAAGAGGCAAAUGUGAUGAUGCAGGACUUUCCAUAAAGACUGCUUACUUCACAGACACCCAGAAUAGAAGCAUUUGAUGAAGACUGAACUCAAUAGAGAAUGGAUUUACAGCAACCAUUUCUGUCUCACUUCUUCACCUUAGAAACAGAAGAAUCCUUGUUGCUUCUUUAAAGGCUGAAUUGAAAGCUGAAGCUCAGACUCAAAAAAUCAAAAUGGAUGCUCCUUACUGUCGUUAUGGUCAAGCCGAAAGCAAGAGUUAUCUUGAUUCACACACAGACCUCCUCUGACGUACAUUUUAAUAGCAAAGCAGAAACCUAUAGUUAAUUGUCUCUGAGAGAUAAUUUCAUUGUUUGCAACAAUUCCUGAGAAAAGCAUAAUUUCUGCAAAAGAAAACUGUGUGCACAGUGUGAAGGGUGAGAAAGGUACAUGUCUACUUUGUGGUUUGUACUUAUAAUAGGAUACUACAUCUGAUGGAUGUGUGGGACAAGUUAAAUGUUUGGAAAUAAUUCUCUCCAAGAUUCUGGUCCAAAUUGCUCAGUUGAUGUUUACAGUGGAAUAGAUAGGGUUUUCUCUAAAUAUAGAAAACUGCCUUCCAUCAUCUAUCUAUCUAUCUAUCUAUCUAUCUAUCUAUCUAUCUAUCUAUCUAUCUAUCUAUCUAUCUAUCUAUCUAUCUAUCUAUCUAUCUAUCUAUCUAUCUAUCUAUCUCUAUCAUCUCAGAAGUAACUGAGGUGACACAUCACAGGAAGCCAUAAUAGAAUGGUUUUGUCUGUGUUGAAUAUGUUGUGCAAACUCAGACCUCUGGGUUUAUGGAGCUUAGUGCAAUGCACGAACUGCAAGGGCUUAUUUAAGAAACCAUGAUUUAAGCAUGAAGAAUGAGCCCUGCCAGUACUGUCUUCAGCAAAUUACACCCACUCCAGGAUUUCAGAGAAGAGACUUCGUGGCACUGCCUACAGCCCAACUGCUUGACCUGGAACUCUUCCUUCCCUUCCACUACUUCAUAGUCCUAAAAAGUCACCCCUGAAAGCUGCAUCCAUAUAAACCAACUGGCAAUCCAACCCCAGUUCUCACGUUUGCAAAGUAAGACUUUUCUCUUGUAGUUGUUGUUGACUCAGCUUUAAUGUGCCAUGGUACUAAACAGUUGCUCCCAAAUAAUAGAAUAAUGUUCAUUAUUACAAAAUGGCAUUGCUUUUUUUUUUUUAGUGGUACAGCUAGGUUGUGUGGGCAAAUGCCUGGUUUAGACAAGCCUGCAGGCAUAGAGCUGUCUGGGGUAGUUACAGUGUCUAUGAGAAGAUGGUUUCUGAUUGUGGUUUCCCAGUUCCUUUGCCACCUGGGAAUCGCUGGCUGUCAUUUCUAUAAUAGCAAGCAAGUGCAAACAUGUCUUUCUCUGCUAUUUCAGAAAGACAGAAAAUAAGGUUCUUUUUCCCCUGCGUUGGCAUUUAUAUAUAGCAGAACUGGCCAUGGCUGUCUGUCUGUCUGUCUAUUUAUCUAGAUAGAUAGAUGAUAGAUAGAUAGAUAGAUAGAUAGAUAGAUAGAUAGAUAGAUAGAUAGAUAGAUAGAUAGAUAGCAGAGUUUAUGCUGAAUAACCAAACUUCCUACAGUCAAAAUCAAAAUGAUUUUUCUGCCUUGGAAAAUGUGGGCCAGCUCUUAUGAUCAUACUAGAGGCUUGUCUGAACAUUCCUCAUUCCUUAAAUGGUAGCAGUCCUUUUGUCUACGGCUGGCAUGCACAGACUAGAAGUCAGAAACCAGCUUGUGCUAAUGCAAACCCAUCUUUCCACUGUGGUGGGAUAAGGUUUGGUCUUGGAUUUCUCAUUCUCCUGCAGUAUUCCUGAGGCUGUUUUGGGUUAGCAGAGGUCAAAUACAAAAAAGGAUCUCUCUUAAAAGAUGGUUCCCAUUGCUGCUCAAUACAAUAUAAUGUCUUUUUUUCUUCUUCUUUUCCCUGAAACCUCCUAGUUGCAAUAGUUUUGCAGGAUUGGAAACAGUCUCUCCCUGGUCCCCAGCUGCGGAGGACCAUGGGUUGUGCUAAGCCAUAUUGUUAUUGCUUUGGAUGUGCCUUACUGCAAUUGUGAAUCCAGCCAAUGUGCUUUAUAAACCAUAGUUUAUGGCACAGUUGCACAAUGUCCACCCAUCUGAGGGCUGCUUUGUGCAGCAUGUUGAGCAUUAGGGCUUGGGGAGGGUGGGGUUUCAGGGUUUUUUAAGCUGAAAUGGGAGAGUUGAGCAUCUGCGAGGAUUAGGCACUCAUUUUCUCCUUAAAACCCCCCAAACUGUAAGAGAAUCCUCCACUGUGAGGGGCAGCUCUAGGUGCCAUAAAGGCAAAUUUUAACAUUAAGCACUAUGGAGUAUUCAAGAAACUAUGGUUAAAACAAAUCACAGCUUAGUAUGCGAGAAAAUCCAGCCAUCAUGUCCUGCCUGCAGGUUUCCAGAAGUGAUUAGUUGAUCAUUGCAGGAAACUGGAUGGUAGCUUAGACAGGAGUUUGUUCUGAUCCUACAGAUGUUAUCUUUAAAAUUGAUUAAAUAUAUUAAAAAUUACUACAAAUUCCAUCUGCUGCAGUCCAUUGCUGUUUCUCCUGCUCCUUCUCUUUCUCCUUCUUCUGCCACCCAUUGCCCCAAAUUGUUGGCUUGUUCUUAAUGUGUGUCCUUUAGAUAACAUAUUGUUCAGCCUCCACCACUGAAUGAUUGCUGAUCCCAGUGUGUAAGAGAGCUUUGUUUAUGUAGAUAUGCAUGCAGGGUUCAGGAGUGAAAUAUUUCUUAUUUUAAUUUAUUCUCAUCUUAGGAAGUUAAGCCAGCACUUUAAGUGCUAAUUAAUAGAGUAUAUUAGUAUGAAAAAUAUGCUUGGUAAACAAUAAGUGGCUAUUUGGCCUUUAGUAAAUGUAGCCUAUUUUUGCUUUGGAUGUUAAUAUUAAACCCUCAUUAAAAGAGGUGAGUGCGCGCUAUAAUAGAUGUGUCAUGAACAUAACAUGUCCAUCACGUCCAGUUCUCUCAGAUCCGCUCUUAUCUACAGAAUAUGUCAUGUAAUUGUAUUUUAAGGUUACUGCUGAAAAGUGUUUGCGAAAUCUGUUUUUUUUUUUACCGUAAUGAGAUUUGUUAGAAACAAAAUGCUGCUAACAUGGAAGAAAGUUUAUUACUGGUGUGUGUGUGUGUGUGUGUGUGUGUGUAUCUAUAUCUUUAUCUAUAAUGUAAAAUGUGUCAAAGAUGCUGAUCCAAAAGGAAAUCCACUGUAGUUUUUGCACUUUCCAGAGUAUGUUAAGUUAUUUAUUUAAUUAUUGUGAAAAGCAAAGGACAGAAGCAUUUCCCCUUUAAACUCCACAGCCAAGGUGAUACCUAGUUCUCUAAAACGAUGAAUUAAUUUGUGUGAAAAUGUUUUGGCCCCAUGAAUAAAACUAAUGAUUUCAUUGAG